AUGUUCAACACCAAGAUCUUCGAGAACAGCAACCCCUCGCCGUCCAACACCCCAGCCAUCAACAUCCCCAACGCCUCCAGCGAGGCGCCAGGGGCUCUAGGCGAUGCCAGCACCGCCAGCAACCCCCAGCCCAUCGACAUCACCUACCAGAGGCACCAGCUGAUCUUCAACAACGGACGGUUCCGCAGAGAGUCCAUCGCACACUCCCAGGGCAUGGGAGGCGUGUCGUGGGGGUCCGUCACCAUCGGCUCGUGGUUGAAGGACGAGGUGAUGAUGUCCAGCAACUACAAUAGCUACGCCCAGCACCCCACCGGCACCACCUCCAACAACCUCAGUGUGCACAACGGCAACCUCAUCAACCCCAGACGUGGCUCGUUUCGCCACCAAACCCAGAGCAUCUCGAUGUCGCCUCCGUUACAGACAUCGUACUUGCCCAACUUGGAAGCUGACUACUGCAAAGACUACAGCUGCUGCGGUGAGUUGUUGCCCACCUUGCAUGACUUGCUCCGACACUACGAGGAGGCCCACAUCAGCCCCUCGCCUCCCGCAGACAACUCCCACAUGUUGAGCACCCGCAACAACAACUUCAACAAUAUGCAUAACAUCAUGGAAACGGUGUCCACCACGGACCACCACUCGCAGCCCCACGCCACCCAGCCCAACAACCUCAACUUGCAUAACUCCCACUACAACAUCCAGCAGCAAACCAUAAACCAGGCGUCGCCCAUUCCGGCCAACGCACCCAUACCGAGCUCCCAGACACAGUUCAACCCCUCCCAAAUGCAUGCCCCCAGCCAGGCACCGUCCCAGCUCCAGCAGAACCCGCAGGUCAACUCGCCGCGUGCCAACACCCCCAUGCAGACAGACGAGGAGGACGCCAUGUACAUCGACGACCCUGCGCGCCACUUGUACGUGAUGGAGAACGACGAGCACAAGCCAUUCAAGUGUCCGGUCAUUGGCUGUGAAAAAACCUACAAGAACCAGAACGGGUUAAAGUACCAUCGUCUCCACGGCCACCAGGGCCAGACGUUGAAGGAGAACCCGGACGGCACCAUCUCCAUCAUCGACCCCGAGUCCAACACUCCGUACUUGGAUGGCGCAGGCAUGGAGAAGGACAAGCCGUACCGGUGCGAGGUUUGCGGCAAGAGAUACAAAAAUCUCAACGGGUUGAAAUACCACCGAGGUCAUACUACACACUGA